AUGCGAUUUCCGCGAGAAAGGUAUUUACAACAAGUUAGUUUUGACAAGUAUAAUUAUUUCCUCAUCAUAACAGCCAACCGUUUCUCAGCUGACGAUAUUUGGUUAGCAAACGAAGUUCGAAAACUUGGGAAGCAAUUCUUUUUUAUCCGUACAAAAUUGGCAAUUGAUGUGAGGAAUGACAAAAAAGAUAACCCUGGAAAAUCUAAAGAUGAAACAGUCAAUAAAAUACAACUGGCAAUGUCAAAGCAUGUUGCAAACGCAAGUUUUGAAGGAGUCAGGGUUUUCCUUAUCGACAACCACUGUCCACUAGAUUUUGACUUCCCAGACCUAAAUGAAACAAUGAUUAAUGAAGCACCGACAUGGAAACAAGAGGCAAUGACAUUUACAAUGGCAAAUCUCACUGAAAGUCUUAUUCAUCGAAAGAAAGCUGCUCUACAAAAACGAAUUAUGAUAGUUGGAAUAGGUUCAGCAAUAGGUUGA